CCAGGAAGAGUAUCUGCAAACAGUGAGGUGCAUACACUGGGUAUAUUAUGUCCAAGCCACUCCUUCCACAGCUCACUCCUUCCCAGACACCUGCUCUCCGUCUGCAACAACUCUGAGCACCUUCUCCAGGGGAUGUGAAUUCGGGUCGGUCUUUAGCUCUGAAAUCAGCAACAGCUGUAAUAGGGGAGCAGUUUUUUGGAGACAGUCCCAGCUCAGGAAAGAGCAUCAGCUUCACUUUGUUACCCAUACAAGUGAAACAAGUGUAUCUAAAGUUAUAUAUUAUACAAGACAGAGGGGGACGACAGGGGUUUAUCAUUAACCUGAAGUCUGUGAGAGACAUUAUAAGGAGAGAAGAAGGAAAGGCGCUGGAGAAGCAGGCAGGAUGGACUCCUCCGAAAAAAUCAAUAACCCUGCUGACAUCUCAGUCAUAGUCAUCUAUUUUGUGGUAGUCCUAGCAGUGGGACUAUGGGCCAUGCUCUCAACAAACCGAGGGACUGUGGGUGGAUUCUUCCUAGCUGGACGGAGCAUGGUGUGGUGGCCGAUUGGUGCGUCUCUGUUUGCCAGUAACAUUGGCAGUGGGCACUUUGUGGGUUUGGCAGGCACAGGAGCGGCUGCAGGAAUUGCCACUGGAGGAUUUGAAUGGAACGCCCUGAUAUUUGUGGUGAUUCUUGGCUGGUUGUUUGUUCCCAUCUACAUCAAGGCUGGGGUGUUGACGAUGCCAGAAUAUCUCAAGAAGCGGUUUGGCGGCCGACGGAUUCAGAUGUAUCUGUCAGUCCUUUCUCUGCUCCUCUAUAUUUUCACCAAGAUCUCGGCAGAUAUAUUCUCUGGAGCUAUAUUUAUCCAAAUAGCCAUGGGGUUGAAUCUUUAUUUGGCCAUAAUCAUACUGCUGGGUAUUACUGGUCUUUACACGAUCACAGGUGGCCUUGCUGCUGUGAUUUACACAGACACCUUACAGACCGCCAUCAUGCUGGUGGGAUCCUUUAUUCUCACAGGAUUUGCAUUUGCCAAAGUAGGAGGAUAUGAGGCCUUUAUGGAGAAAUAUAUGCAAGCAAUUCCAAGCAACACCUCCUAUGGAAACAUUACCAUUGACCCAAAAUGCUACACCCCUCGGGCAGAUUCUUUCCACAUCUUCCGAGACCCGAUCACUGGAGAUCUGCCAUGGCCAGGCCUUACCUUUGGCUUGAGCAUCCUCGCUUUGUGGUACUGGUGCACAGAUCAGGUUAUUGUUCAGCGAUGCCUCUCAGCCAAGAACAUGUCCCAUGUGAAGGCCGGCUGUGUCAUGUGUGGGUACCUGAAGCUGCUGCCCAUGUUUUUGAUGGUGAUGCCUGGGAUGAUCAGUCGAAUUCUGUACACAGAUACGGUGGCUUGUGUUGUGCCCUCAGAAUGUGAGAAAUACUGUGGCACCAAAGUUGGCUGUUCAAACGUUGCUUAUCCAAAAAUGGUGGUGGACCUUAUGCCGAAUGGUUUGCGAGGUCUGAUGUUGUCAGUCAUGUUGGCCUCUCUCAUGAGCUCCCUGACUUCCAUUUUUAAUAGUGCUAGCACUCUGUUCACCAUGGACAUCUACACCAAAAUACGAUCCCGGGCAACUGAGAAAGAGCUCAUGCUGGCUGGAAGGUUAUUUAUUUUAGCUUUAAUUGGUAUCAGCAUUGCUUGGGCACCUUUGCUAUCAACAUCACAAACUUCACAAUGUAUUUACAUACGUAUUUGCAUACAACAGCUUUCUGAUAAAUCUGCCUGUCACUUUCUUUUGCAGGGUGCCUUCUGGGGCUUGGUCAUUGGGCUGCUCAUUGGGCUGUCUCGAAUGAUUGCAGAGUUUUCCUAUGGAACUGGCAGCUGUGUAAACCCCAGCAGUUGUCCAAAGAUCAUUUGUGGAAUUCACUAUCUGUACUUUGCUAUAAUCCUUUUUGGGAUCUGCAUCAUCAUCAUCUUGGGCGUCUCACUGAUAACUAAACCCAUUCCUGAUGUACAUCUUUACCGCUUGUGCUGGUCUCUGAGGAACAACAAGGAGGAACGUAUUGACCUGGAUGCAAAUGAGAAGAUUGAGGAACCUGAGAGCAAUGAUGAUGUAUCAGAACAAGGUGAUGAAGAGCAAGGAUGCUGUAAGAAGGCCUACAACUGGUUCUGUGGCUUAAAUCAGAAAAAAGGUCCCAAAUUGAGCAAAGAGGAGCAGGAAGCGAUAGAGAAGAAACUGACUGACACUUCCGAGAAGCCAAUCUGGAGAAAUGUUGUGAACAUAAACGGCGUCAUUCUACUGACCGUGGCUGUAUUCUGUCAUGCCUUCUUUGCAUAAAUCUCAUCUCACACUCCAGAGUUUACAUGAAGGUCUAACUCUAGUCCCUUUUCCUUUUGAAAUUGCACUGUAUUCUUCAAAAGAAAUGAUGUUUUCUAAAUUAUACAGUUAGAUAUACUUAUGAGAUUUGUACAAGGAGAUUGUAUGAAUACGUUGAUUUAUUCAUUGGUUAUAUAGUGGUAAUUAAACAUCUUUUGACUAAAGAGCAGGAGUACUAAAGUCCAAAGGGUAGAAUUUCAAUCCAGUACAUCAGGGAGAAUUUAGUAAAUCUCUCUUCUUACGAAAUACAUUUCACAGCUCAAUUUCAGAAUAUGAGAACCAGGGCUGGAUGAGCUGCAUGGAGUUCAUGAUUUUGUGAACUAUUUUGGGGGACUGGUGGGAAAAUGGCACAGAAAUUUUCAAGGUGAUUUUUUGUUUAAGUUCAGCUAUAUGAAGGGCUGUGCUAUGGAUUUAGGAUAAAUUAAUUCCCUCAAAAUGAAGGCAGCCUUAGGUGAGUUCCCCUGGAUGACAUUUUAUUGAUGUAUUCCUUUGAUACUAUAGCUAUUUUUAAUAGCCCUUUUCUCUUUCCAUUCUCUGUUCCAUACAUUACACUGUUUUUAGUGGAUUUUUUCUUCUCUCCUCUUUUAUCACUCUUUCUUCUAAGUGGAAUAUGAACCCCAGUACCAUCUGAAUUUAACUUGUGUUAUUUGAGUGGGUCUGAAAUUAGGCAAACUAAGUCUGACCAGCCCUAAUAAGAGUUGUGGUUAUGCCUGACUCUUCAAGAUUAGCUUUAAAGGUUCCAAUGCAAUCUGAGCAUUUAAUAUGAAUCUGUUUGAAUGUGAAAGCUUUAUUUAUAAAAAUAUAUUCAUGGUCGUUUUGAUUCCCUAGCAUGAUGUGUCAAAAUUAGACUCCAUUUAUUUUAUUGUGGUCCUCCAUUUUAUAAGGAAGGCACUAGUGUUCUCUUAGUUCCCCAUCUUAAUUAGUGGAUUUACUACCUGGUAAUUCUGGCUUUGUGUCUUGCUUCCAAGUACACUAAGACAUUACAGUAUUUUUCCUGCCAAAUUAUGAAUCUUCCUUCUCUGACAAUUUCAUUCAUGCCAUGAAGUAAGACUGUUACACUAUAGUUUCCCCAAGGAAAACAGUCACUGCUCUGACAUCAUCUAAACCAUUCCAAUUGUCUUCAUCUUGUUUGGGAGCGUGAAAUCAGGCUGAGACCUUGAUGAGGCAAUGACAGGGUUGCCAACCCUCCAGGUUUGGCUUGGAGUCUUCCAGAAUUGGCAUCAAUCUCCCGGUGACUACUAGAAGGAAUCAGGAGAUUUUAAUAGGAUAUUUUAAGAAAAUGACAUUGUCAUGUUGGGAAAAAAAUAUCUCCCAGAAUAGCUUCAGUCAGAGUUGGCAACUCUAGGCAAUGACCAUAGCUUGGGUCUCAGAGACUAAUAAGAAGCAAUGGAGAGAUGAUGUGUGAUACUUCAGUUCCAGGCUGAAAAGUGAAACCAGAACUUUUUACCACCUAAUUCAUCUUCCCAAGGAGGCAUAGAUACAGAGAAGGCACAUCGGAAAUUCCCAGUUGCUGCAGCUAAUCUGUAUUACAAUCCUUUUUGCCUUGUGUACCACAGCUUCCUGCAAUGUCUCAAUUCAGUGCAACAUGCAUCUCAUCUUCCUGCAGUAUUCUACAGCACACUGCACUGUGCUGCAACAUGUAACAAGCAAACCAAUACAGUCUUUCUGAAGCAUGCUGCACUCCUGCAAAUCCCUAUUACUUUCAUGAUACACUGUCUUCUGACAGCGUAUUCAGAUGAGUCCAUAGCAAAAUGUGCUGUCUUCUUACUGCAUCUAGCUGCACUAGGAUCUUCAGUAUAAUGUUCUAUUUCCCUGCAGUAUCCUGACAUGUACUGCAUAGUGCCAAAUCAUCAAUACAGUCUGAAUCCUAAUGCCAAUGGUCUUACAAUAAAUAAAGAUGCUCCCUGCUGCUCAACAGUCAUCACUGUAUUAUGUUAUGGAAUUCAUUAUAUUUCAUUAACUAUGAAGGUUGUAUGUAUGUAUUAAAAAUUUUCUAAUUGUGUUUGGGGACCAGAAAGUAAAGAGUUCUUUGUAUAACAUGAUAGAAAAUGUAAAAUAUAAAAAAAGUUUCUUGAUCAAA